UUAAAUUUUUCCUUGUUUUUUUGCACUGCAGGUGAUCGCCGAUAUAUACAUGCUGCGGAGAUUCACAAGAAAACCAAAAAUAGAAUUCAAUCUGGUACAGGCUUUCUUUCUUUUAUUUAGAUUACUCAUUAGUUUGUCCGUGAUCUCAUUAACGUCGGGAAUCAUUUAAGAUUGCCCAGAAAACACAGUAGUUUCCACACUGUUAAUUUCAGACUUAUCGAAGAAUUUAGCAAAGAAAGCUUUAUGCAGGAAAUGCAGAAGUAUCCUGUGCUUUACGAUAAAUUCAAUGCUGAAUUUAAGAACAAUAUUAUGAAAAAAAAUGCUUGGGCAGCCAUUGGCGUUUUGUUUGGUUUAACUGACCAGGAAUGUGAAUCAAAAUACAAAAAUAUAAGAUCGGCUUAUGGACGCUUUUUAAGGAAAAAAAAGAGUAUACCUUCGGGCUCAGGACGAAUUAUCAGUAAAGAGUACGAUUUUUUGCAGUGGUUAAAUGUUUACAUUGACCAUAGAGACACAACAACUAAUGUUGAAAAUAAAGCAACAACCACAGAAUUAACAACAGAAUUGCCUUUGUCUUGUAUAGAUAGUAAUGAUAGUAUGAACUAUGACGAAGAUGUUAGUAAUAAAGUAGAAUUAGAAAAUGAAAAUUUAAGCGAAAAUACAAAUAAUUCAAAUACAUUCAGUAAUCAACGAAAAGCAUUAAGUGAAAUAAAAUUUCCUAUAAAUAUAAGAAAAAAAACAUUGAAAAGAUCUCUACCUGAUGAAAAUUCAAAAAUACAAGAUGCAAUAAUUAGUACGAUGAACAAUAUUAAUGCAACACUAGCAGUUAGUACACAUGAAGAAAACGACGAUAUAAUGAUACAUUUUUGUAAAUCUAUUUGUGCUACAAUCAAAAGACUACCUCCUAAAACUCAAGCAGUUGUUAAAAUAAACAUACAGCAAUAUUUAGCUGCUCUAGAAUUUCCAGAUAUUGUUGACUGAUAUAAAAUUUGUUUGUUUGUUUUUUAACAUAUAUUUAAGAAAUUUAAUAUUAUGUUACGCAUAGUUUAAACCAUUCUUCAAUAUUAUAUAAUAAUACAGUUAUAAGAUUAUUUUUUUCAUUGUUCCAAAAGUAUUCUAUUUCCUGCAAGAUCGUAUCCAAAACUAGUUACAUAAUUAGUUACAUAGUCAUGUUGCCACGACAAGGAUCCACUUGGAUGAUUAAAAUACUCUGUUAGCGUUAAUCUUACAGUGUUCGCAUCUGUUGUGUAUCGAUUGCUUAUACAUCGAGGUAAAAUAUGUAAAGCAUUACCUUCAACUGUUAUUUUGCGCCACUCUCCAGGAAUAACUUUACCAGAAUUUGUUUCAAAAUCAACAAAUCCAGAUGGUACAUAGUUAAUGCCAUCAUUGAUCCUUAAAUAAUUAUGUAAACAAAUUGCAGCUUUUAUAAUGUUUUCAAUAUUUUCUGGGUUAGCUUUUAUUGGACGCCUAAAUACUCUCCAUUUAGCUACCAUAAUUCCAAAUAUGUUUUCAAUUGUUCGUCUAGUCCUAGAUAAUCGAUAGUCCUAGAUAAUCGAUAAUUGUCAAAUUUUUACCAGAAAAAGCCUUCAUUAAUCAUGAUUUCAGUGCAAAAAUAUCAUCACCAACCAGAACUCGUGGUACUUGUGUGCCAUUUGAUAGCAUUCGGUUUUUAGGAAGUUUGAAUAAGUUGUUUUUGAAAGCUUUACCCAUUUUACUUUCAUUGAAUAUUGAAGCAUCGUUAUCUCUGCCAUAGCUACCUAUAUCAACCAAAGUAAAACAAAAUUUUGCAUCACAUAUUGCUAGCAAAACCAUACUGUGAAAGUUUUUAUAGUUGUAAUAUGCUGAUCCACUCAAACUAGGAGCUUCUAUACAUACAUGUUUACCAUCAAUGGCUCCAAUACAAUUAGGAAAGUUCCAUUCAUUUUCAAAUUGGUUUGCCAAUUCUUCCCACUCAUUUAAUGUACUUGGUGCCUUUAAAUAACAUGGUUUUAACACAUCCCAAAUAGCCUUUGUUGUUUCAUUUAUAAUGUUGCAUACUGUUGUUCUGCCCAGUCUAAAAUAUAAAGCUUGUGUUAGUUGUGAAUCUCCAGUAGCCAGUUAUCUCAGUGUCACAGUCAAUCCUUCUGAGGGUGAUAUUGUUUGACGACUUCGGCAUUGCUUUUUUGUAAUGCUAGGGGCAACCAUGGACAACAAGUGUUCAUACCUUUCAGGUGAUAUACUGUAAAAACGAGAAAAAAAUUCUCUGUCAUGAAGUCGUAACUCAGGAAUAAGUGUGUUAAAUGCUCCUUUUUUAUAACGGUUUUUAAACUAGGAGCGAAUCCAAAAUUUAUGUUUUCUUUUUUUUUUUACUCUGCAAUGUUCUAAGAGCUAGUAAAGUAUUGCAAAGUGCAAGCUGGCAGUUCAGGAGAUCAUAUUUUUUAUUCCUUGCCAUUGGUCUAAAAUCAAUUAAUUUUUAUUAUUAAUUUUUUUUUUUUAAUUUUUUAUAUAUAGAAAUUAACUACAAAUUUUGAACUUUUAAAAUGGCUGCGAUUCUUAACUACAGAGAACAUUUUGUACAACAACCGUACUUUUGUUCUUUAUUUCUUAUAAAUUGAUGUUGUAGGCUUAUUUUUUUAUACAGAUUAGUAUAUAAAUACUUAAAUUUCAUAAGAGAAUCGAUAAAUAGAGAUUAAAAGAAUCAUAGCGUGAUAAAACUUAAAUUUUAUAAUAUCAUUAUUUAUUGAUAUCCAAGAUUUGUUUAUUUACUUGAAAUCAAUUUUCUAGAAAUCUAACCGUAGGAAUU